ACAGAGUCUCUUCAACAUCAUUACGUGGGACUGUCCUCAUAAAAAAAAAUACAAACCCUACCAGCUACCUGGUUCGCACCCACUCUCGCAAACCAGCUUUUCCAAAGAGAUGCUCCCUGGCUUCUGGUUCUAAACACAACUAAUUAUUCGGCAUCCUGGAGUUUUUCAACCGUUUAUAAUGUCGCCGACAUCAGGCCUUGCAUCUCGAACCCCUGUGUGCCAGGGUUCGAGGCAACUUAAAAGCACCUUCUUCGUUAGUAACGUGCAUUGUUCUUCCUGCAUAUCAUACAUCUCCGAGAUCCUUUCAGAGAUUCCCGGUGUGUUUGACGUCGAUGUCACUAUUCUCAAGCAUGAAGUGCGAGUAUACCAUGCAGCAGAGACCAGUCCUUCGAAACUGGCCACGGCUUUGAUUCAAGCAGCCUUCGAAGUCCGUCAUGUAACGACUUACGAUGCCCGAGGAGUUAUCGUAUCUGAUAUUAGCACAACUUCGUGGCUCUCCAGAAACCCCGUACAUUUUCCAACGCAGCAAGCCUCACAUUCUACCUCGACGACCCUGAACAGGCAUCUUGCGAAUUGUGAUGCCUGCAGGAAGGAGGAACUGCAACGAAUAUCUAACCCGCAAGAUUCAUCCGAAAUGACUUCUAUUCGGUCAAGGAAUGAGAAGGCUGGUCAAUUAUUUGGUGUUAGUGACAAAGUUUCUGACAUUGGGAGCCUGGCGCCUCGAAGGUCCGUGGAGAGUAUUGCGCCUCCGCAACUACACGAUGAUGAUGGAACGUUCAGUGCUCGCAUAAGCAUUGGGGGCAUGAGCUGUGCUUCAUGUGUCAAUACAGUAACGAACGAAGUUAAGCAGCUCAGCUUCGUCCUCGAUGUGACGGUCAAUCUCCUUAGCAAUAGUGCGACGGUCGUCUUUAACGGUCCCCAAUCGAACAUAGAAAAGGUGGUGGAACACAUCGAGGACAUCGGCUUCGAGGCGUCCCUCGAGGAUGUACAGAAAGUUAGCCUGUCUCCAUCUCCGAACCAAAACCUGUCAUCAUAUGUCGCUGAAAUCGCUAUUGGUGGCAUGACCUGCGGCUCUUGUGCAGGAAGUGUCACACGAGGGGUUGAAGAACUUCCCUUCGUGACGGAAGUCUCGGUGAAUCUUUUGUCUCAUAGCGGAACGGUGAAAUUCGAUGGGCUCGAUCAUAUCGACGCUAUCGUGGAGAAAAUCGGAGACUUGGGAUAUGACGCCUCUGUCACCAGCGUCGUUCCUCGGGAUGUUGAAGGCAACAAGAAUGAUGGUGAGACCGAAAAGAGAACCGUGGCAAUCCAAGUGGGUGGGAUGUUCUGUCAUCAUUGCCCGGGAAAGGUUCUCAGCUCUUUGAAGGAACUUGCUGAUGUUGAAAUUGAUGACACGCUGUCUGUCAAGAACCCCAUCGUUAAGGUUACCUAUACUCCACGCCCUCCCUCUCUUACCAUCAGAACUAUACUCCAGGACAUUGACAAAGUACAUGAUGCUUUCUCUACAACUAUCUACCACCCCCCGAGUAUUGAGGACCGAUCGCGAGCAAUUCAGCUGCAUGAGAGGCGUAGGCUGCUGUCCCGCUUUCUCUUCGUUCUGAUUGUAGCGAUCCCAACCUUCCUGAUCGGUAUCGUUUUCAUGAGCCUCGUGUCGUCGGAUAACCCGACACGGAAGUACUUGGAACAACCAAUGUGGGCUGGUAGUGCCUCUCGGAUGGAAUGGUCUCUUUUUAUUAUGACAACUCCUGUCAUGUUCUAUGGAACUGACGUGUUUCACGUGAGAGCUGCAAAGGAGAUAUACUCCCUUUGGCGCCCUGGCAGCCGUGUGCCUAUUCUGCGGAGGUUCUACCGUUUUGGGAGCAUGAAUCUGUUGAUCUCCGCUGGAACUACUGUAGCCUACGUCUCUUCCUUGGCUGUUCUGAUCAUUGACGCUGUCGUGGGAACUUCUCGAAUGAGCAAUAGCUCGUCUUAUUUUGACUCCGUUGUAUUCCUUACCUUAUUCAUUCUGGCAGGUCGAUUUAUUGAAGCAUACAGCAAGGCGAGAACCGGAGAUGCAGUUGCAUCACUUGGAAAGUUAAAGCCUUCCGAAGCGUUACUGGUUACCAACGAUCGUGUUGACGGUACCUCUGAGGAAGACGAGAUUCAGAGGGUCAACAUUGACCUGUUAGAUGUCGGCGAUAUUGUCAGCAUACCACACGGAGCCUCGCCACCGGCUGAUGGUGUAGUUGUCACUACCGGUGUCUACCAGUUCGAUGAAAGUUCCCUGACAGGAGAAUCGCGACCAGUGAAGAAGUCUGUUGGCGAUUCCGUCUACACAGGAUCGGUGAAUGUCGGCCAGCCCGUGAAGAUUAAGGUGUCCGCAGUUGGAGGUGCAUCGAUGCUGGAUCAGAUCAUCGCCGUAGUGCGCGAAGGCCAGAGCAGACGUGCUCCAUUGGAAAGGGUUGCAGACUUACUUACAUCCCACUUUGUUCCCAUAAUCACGCUUAUAGCGAUAUUGACAUUCGUCAUCUGGCUUGUGCUGGGCGUGUCUGGCGCUUUGCCAGACGACUACCUAGAUGUUGCACAUGGAGGCUGGGCUUUUUGGAGCUUGGAGUUCGCGAUCGCAGUGUUCGUGGUUGCUUGCCCCUGCGGUCUAGCUCUCGCUGCUCCUACGGCGCUAUUCGUUGGUGGAGGACUGGCUGCCCGACAUGGCAUAUUGGUCAAAGGCGGAGGGGAAGCUUUUCAAGAAGCGAGCCGUCUCGAUGCCAUUAUAUUCGAUAAAACCGGAACUCUAACUGAAGGAGGGAGCUUGACGGUGUCUGACCAUAAACUGCUCAUCACCGACUCUGAGGAUUUGCAAAUCGCAUGGACCCUUGCCCGAAAGUUGGAGGAAAGCAGCAAUCACCCGAUUGCUCACGCAGUUUCAGCCUUCUGCAGUGGCAAGGAAUCUGCCGGGAUACUCAGUUCCGACAUUGAGGAGAAACCCGGACAGGGAAUGAAAGGCACCUUUACCGUGUCUCUAGAGGACAAGAGCGAUCAAUCAAAGAGGACAGUCCAGUACGAAGCCGCCAUCGGCAAUCAACGUCUAUUCCAAAGUCUGGCAUCGCCUAACUUCGAAGAUUCCCACCUUUCGGACCUACUUUCAGCCUACCAGAAAUCAGGAAAAUCCACCGCAAUACUAUCGUUGCGCAAAGCCGGCCCAAACUCCUCAAACGAACCCUACUUCACCCCGACAAUCGCCUUUGCUAUAUCCGAUUCAAUCCGACCCGACGCCGCAAAGGUAAUUUCGCAGCUCCACAAGCGCAAAGUCGACGUGUACAUGUGCACAGGAGAUAAUCAGACCACUGCCCACGCCGUCGCCGACAUGGUAGGCAUCCCCCGAUCCAACGUGAUGGCCAACAUCAUGCCCGCAGGGAAAGCCGAUUUCGUCCGCCAAGUCCAAGACGGCGUAUACCCGCCAAGAACCUCGUCCGAAGCUGAAAGCCAAAGAAACGAACAAGGUGCACGCUCUAUCGUAGCCUUCGUUGGUGAUGGCGUGAAUGACUCCCCGGCUCUGGCUGCAGCAGAUGUUAGUAUCGCCAUGGCUUCGGGCUCCGACGUUGCCAUGAACUCUGCAUCUUUCAUCCUCUUGAACUCAGAGCUCGACACUAUCCUCCAACUUGUUGUUCUUAGUCGGCGGGUCUUCAACCGCGUCAAGAUGAACUUUGGUUGGGCCGUGAUUUAUAAUCUCUGUCUUGUGCCGGUUGCCGCUGGGGUAUUGUAUCCGAUUGUCAAUGGCCAUACGAUGAAAAUGGUCGGGGGUGAGACUGUUAUAGUUGGUAAACACUGGAGGCUGAGUCCCGUUUGGGCUGCGUUGGCAAUGGCUUUGAGUAGUAUUUCUGUGGUUUGCAGCAGUCUUGCUUUGGGGAUUGACAAGAGGACUAUUAAAAGGGUUCUUGGUCUGGGGAAAUAAGCCAUGGUUUAUAUUGUUGGUAUAAUGUCUAAAAUGCCUUCAGUUGGGUGGAUUCGUGGCGUUGCUAGCUUUUAUGAUGUUACGAUGGGGAUUUUAUGAUACAAGACUGACUUAUUCAUGAAGAGCUGUUUCUAUGAUAUGAUAAGAUGUCGACCGUGGAAUAUCCCUUGUUUGAUAACUUAAUGUUAUUUA